AUGGAUUCUGAAAAGUUGUUGUGGGCUGUUAAGAAUGGCGAUUUGCAGUCAAUAAAAGAAAAUCUAAAAAAUAUGUUCAAUGUGAAUUCUACGUUUAAAAAUGGGAGAACUCUAAUUCACUAUGCUGCUGAUUAUGGCCAGGAAGAAAUAUGUGGUUAUCUCAUACACAAUGGUGCAGAUAUAAAUAUUAAUGACAAUUUUGGAGUCACGCCUUUACUUGCAGCCAUAUAUGAGGGUCAUAUAGAUUGCGUUUCUUUGCUGCUUAAAAAUGGUGCAAAGCUGGGACAUGCUCCAGAUGGCUCGACGUAUGUUGA